AUGCCUCCCUGAUGGACAUGAAUUCUCUGAGCCCGACGAUGCCGACGUCCCCUCUGUCGAUGAUCAACCAGGUCAAGUUUGAGGAUGAGCCCGACUUGAAAGAUCUCUUCAUCACGGUCGACGACCCCGAGAGCCACGUGACCACCAUCGAGACCUUCAUCACUUACAGGGUCGCCACCCAGACGUCACGCGGGGAGUUCGACUCCAGCGAAUUCGAAGUCCGGAGGCGGUACCAGGACUUCCUGUGGCUAAAGGGAAAGCUGGAGGAAGCCCACCCCACUCUCAUCAUCCCGCCGCUGCCGGAGAAGUUCGUGGUGAAGGGCAUGGUGGAGCGCUUCAGCGACGACUUCAUCGAGACGCGCAGGAGAGCCCUGAAUAAGUUUCUGAACCGAAUCGCCGACCACCCAACCUUAACGUUCAGCGAAGACUUCAAAGUCUUCCUUACCGCACAGGCUGGGGAGCUGUCGUCGCACAAGAAGCAGGGGCCGGGGCUGCUGAGCAGGAUGGGCCAGACGGUCCGCGCCGUCGCCCUGUCCAUGAGGGGAGUGAGGAGCCGCCCCGAGGAGUUCACGGAAAUGAACGACUUCAUCGAGACGUUCAGCCAGAAAAUAAAUUUGAUCGAUAAGAUAUCCCAGAGGAUUUACAAGGAAGAGCGGGAAUACUUUGACGAAAUGAAAGAAUACGGCCCCAUUCAUGCCCUGUGGUCGGAGUCGGAAGAGGACCUGGCGGACACGCUGGGCGGCGUGGCCAGCUGCCUGGACCGGUGCUGCCAGGCCACCGAGCGGCGUCUGUGCGGCCUGUCCGAGGCCCUGCUCCCCGUCGUGCACGAAUACGUGCUCUACAGCGAAAUGCUCAUGGGCGUCAUGAGGAGGAGAGACCACAUCCAGGCAGAGCUGGAAUCCAAGGCGGAAGCUUUGACCUACAAAAAGGCGGACACGGACCUGUUUCAGGAGCAGAGGACGAUGCUAAAAGCCGCGUGUCUGUUCAGGAUGCUUCUGCUCAGGUUGUGCGUGGAACACGGACAGGAAGUAGCUGGGAUUAUCCCUCCGCAAAAGUCACGGAAGAAAGAGCUGCCCACACGUGGCUUGGCUUUCCCAACUCACCUAAAAAGGGCACUUUUCAUGUGACUUGCAAAUAUUUUG